CAUGUACUUAUACUUUCUUUGUCUGUUGUUUUCUUCUAGGAAUGGUUACCGCAGCCCAUGAUUUGAAAUCAGAAUGGGUUGUUGUCAAGGGUGUGUCACGUUUUGCAGAUAGCAGUGCAAAUAAUUUGUGGGAAACCUUUGCCAGUGUCAUGGCUGCUUCUCUUGUGUCCAAUAUAUUAAGUGAUCCUUUUGUUUUUGAACAAUGGCCUCACUAUGGAGAUACAUCAACAGGGGAAGGCAGUUCACAAAGCUGUUCAAAGAGAGGGUUGUCAUACUUGAGUGAUCAUCCAAGUGCUAAACGAAGCAGGAUUGCAGACAUAUCAGCUGGGGAGGAGACUUCAAAUAGUCAUUCAAAGAGAGAGUUUCCAUGUUCAAGUGAUCAUCCUGAUGCUAAACGAACCAGGCUUGCAGACACAUCAACAGGCGAAGACCAUUCACAGAGUGACCAUCCAGAUGCUAAACGAAGCAGGACUGCAGCCCAAACUACUGAGCAAGAUGUGAAGGACAUGAAAACAGAACAGGAACUGGAUCAAUAUGAAGAUCACGAUACUUGGUUGGAGAUGGCCAAACAGGACUAUGUUUCCUUCCAUCGCCUACGGAAUGAGGAACAGACAGUCCAACAACGAAAGCGACUAAAUCUGUUUGUGGCACGGUUCCGAGACCACUUUCCUGUGGGUAGUUUGUGUGAUGGCUGUGGUGUGAUCUUGUCGAACAAGCAAUACCUAUCAGAUAGGAAAUACCGCUGCCUUAACUGCAUUGAUGUUGACUUCUGUUAUGACUGUUACAUGAAAAGGGCAAAACCAGCAGGUCACACAGAAAAUCACGAAGUUAUUGAAAUGAGAUUCAAGUGUGGUGAUUGUAAAGGUUUUAUACUUGGGAGACGAUUUUGCUGCUAUAAGUGCCCCGACUUCCUUCUUUGCUUUAAAUGCCAAUCAAGAACCGUUUGUGGAGGAGUGUCAAAAACAGCUACAUUCUCAUUAUAA